CUUCUAUAUAAGCUCAACUUCGGCAUGUAACGCACUAGCACCCAACUUCCUUACGAACACCGUCUCCGUCUGCAACGUAGCCAAAUAUUGGCAUGACCUGUCUUGUGCCUGAAGAGCUUCAGAUUUUUCCUCUAACCGAUGCCGCCACUGACUUCACACCUCAACUUUCUGAUCCUGAGAAGCUUGGAACUUCGUGUGGAUCUGGGUCCUUUGGUGAGGUUUUUCAGGGUAUUGUCGAGACAAGUAAUGGCAAAGUGAAGGUCGCAGUGAAGGUAUUCAAGAUUGAUCCUUCGAGAGCUACGGACAAAAUUGAAAAUGCAAUACGUCGAGAACUCAAAGUGUGGCUUAGACUGAAACACCAGACCAUCGUUCCGCUACUUGGCUUCGCAUACGUUAAUUCCUCAUCCAAGUUCCCAGCUCUCGUCUCCCAAUGGAUGCCAUCUGGAACGUUAUCCGUCUACCUCAAAGAAGCUACCACCAUUACUGCUUUUGCUAAAGUUGCAUUGGUCAAGGGUGUUGCUGCUGGCCUCGAUUAUCUCCAAUCAACGAAUGUUGUUCACGGGGACCUUCACCCCGGAAAUGUCCUCAUAGAUGCUUCGGGUAAUCCAUGCCUAACUGAUUUCGGCCUUGCAACAAUCGAAGGAGAAGCAGAUUUGCAGUUGAAUCCGACCACCGUCGCACGCAUUUUCGAUUCUCGAUGGCGGGCGCCUGAAGUCCUUGGACUGGAAUGUAAUCCUCAAAAACCGACUUUCAUGAGUGAUAUCUAUUCUUUCGGUGGUAUCAUGUUAUAUAUUGUCUCGG